CAUAUAAACAAAUUGUCAUAAACGUCAAAAAACCCGAAAAAAAUUUCUUUUUCCUUAAAAAAAUGGAAAAUUACGAGGAAGAUUUCCUCGAAGACGACGAUUUCAUCAUAAAUUUUCCACCUGAGGUUCAGAAAGCGAUCGAGCAGGUUUUACCCAGUAAAGAUCCUUUGGAUCAACCCGAUUUUAACACAAUCGAUUACAUAAACUCCUUAUUCCCUACGGAACAAUCGUUGUCGAAUAUUGAUGAGGUUGUUAUUAAAAUGGAAAAUAAAAUCCAAACCAUCGAUAAUGAAAUAAGUACAGUUGUGCGGGGUCAAACAACCGCAAGUUCGGAUGGAAGGCAAGCAUUGGAUGAGGCUCAAAAAGUGAUUAAACAAUUAUUUGUGCAUAUUAAAGACAUCAAGGAGCAUGCGGAGAAAUCGGAGGAGAUGGUGCGGGAGAUAACCAGGGAUAUAAAGCAAUUAGAUUGCGCGAAAAGGAACUUAACUUUAGCGAUAACCACUUUGAAUCAUUUACACAUGUUAGUUGGGGGUGUUGAUACCUUAAAAAGUCUGCAAGAAAAGCGAUUAUACGGCGAAAUAGCUUUGCCGUUACAAGCAAUAAGUGAGGUUAUGACCCAUUUUGAAGCUUACUCGGAUAUCCCUCAAAUAAAAAAUUUAAGCGAUCAAGUCAAACAAAUUCACGUUGAAUUAGCGGAGCAGAUAACGCACGAUUUUAAAGAAGCCUUCGGGGGAAGCGUUAAAAUUAAUUUACCGAAUAAACAAUUAUCGCAGGCUUGUUUAGUGGUUUCAAUUUUAGAGCCUAGAGUUAAAAAGGAUUUAUUAAAAUGGUUCGUUAAUUUACAACUCCAAGAAUACAAUCAUUUAUUUCAAGAAACCGAAGAUACUGCGUGGUUGGAUAAAAUCGACAAACGAUACGCUUGGUUAAAACGGCAUUUAUUAGAGUUUGAGGAAAAAUUGGGGAAUAUGUUUCCAACGAAUUGGGAAGUUUCUGAAAGAAUUGCGGUCCAAUUUUGUUACGACACUCGAGAUGAGUUAUCUAAGUUGAUGGUGAAACGAAAACAUGAAAUCGAUGUUAAAUUAUUGUUGUAUGCAAUCCAAAAAACGACGAAUUUUGAAAGUUUGUUAUCGAAGAAAUUUAUGGGGAUUACGAUUAACGAGGAGAAAGAGAAAAAUGUGAAAUCUCCGUUUCAUUUGUUGAUAGGAAAGUGUUUUAUUCCUCAUUUAAAGAUUUAUAUUGAUUCGAUUGAUUCGAAUUUGUCCGAUUUGAUUGAGCGAUUCCAACAAGACGAGAAAUUCCAAUCAAAUUCGGAGCAUUUAACCUCAAACGCGAUUGUUUUACCAAGUUGUGCCGAUUUAUUCGUGUUUUAUAAGAAAAGCAUGAUUCAAUGCACCCAAUUAGAUACGUCCCAAUCGAUGUUGGAUUUAACUAGGACUUUCCAAAAAUAUCUUCGCGAGUAUUCCACAAAGUUGUUACAAAAUAACUUACCGAAACUCGAGCAAAGCUCUUCUUUGGGGACAAGCGUCCAAUCGAUGAUUACGCGGGAUUUGCAAAAAAUCUCGACUUCCGGGUUAAUUCAGAAUUUUCAAUCGCUAUUAAAGGAAGGUGAAAGUGUUCGAUUUACGAAAGAUGAGCGGAUGAGGAUUUGUAGUGUUUUAACGACGGCCGAGUAUUGCCAGGAGACAACUCAACAAUUAAGCGAUAAAUUAAAGGAAAAAAUUGAUGCGAAUUUGGUGGACCAAAUCGAUUUGAGUCAAGAACAAGAUCAUUUCCAUGGGGUUAUCUCGAAUUGUAUUCAAUUAUUAGUGCAGGAUUUAGAGAAUGCUUGCGAACCAGCUUUAAUCGCAAUGACUAAGAUCCAAUGGCAAAACAUCGACUCGGUAGGUGACCAAAGUUCUUAUAUAACCGCUUUAACCACUCACUUCAAAAACACAAUCCCCACGAUCCGAGAUAACCUCUCAAACUCCCGGAAAUAUUACACCCAAUUUUGCGUAAAAUUCGCCAACGCUUUUAUCCCAAAAUUUAUCCGGUCGAUUUAUAAAUGUAAGCCCAUAAACACCGAGGGGGCCGAGCAAUUAUUGUUGGACACCCACAUGUUGAAAACGAUCCUCUUAAAUUUGCCUACGAUUUCGUCACAAAUUGAUCGGCAAGCUCCGGCGUCCUACACUAAAGUCGUUAAUAAAGGGAUGACGAAGGCCGAGAUGAUUUUAAAGGUUGUGAUGACCCCGAUCGAUUCCGCGAAAGCCUUCGUGGAGCAAUACAUGAAAUUGUUACCCGAUUGCCAGCAAGGCGAAUUUUAUAAGAUUUUAGAUAUGAAAAACGUUAAGCGGCAGGAACAAACGGUUUUAGUUGAAAUGUUAAGAACGCAUAAACCGAACGUUGAGAAAGAAAAUGAUUAAUUAGAAUAAGGUAAGGAAUAAUUUAAUAAAUUUAUUUAAAUAAAUUAUUUUCGUAUAACCUAAAAAUUAACAACUACCUCCAUCUAUGCGUCACUACACAAACUUAUUAUCUACAGUUUUUGUUAUAAACCCGAAUAAUCCCCUUUUCCUUUAAAAUCAACUACAUUUAUUGAGACAACAUAAAUUUUCGUGAUUAUUUUAAUGAUUUAAAUACAUUUUCUUUAAGGAAAAUUUAAUUUAUAAACGACAACUCACUCCAUCUAUACGCCACUACACAAACUAAUUGUCAACAAAUUUUUAUUUAUAAACGUUAAUUACCUGGAAAAAAUCUCUUUUUUCUUUCAUAUCAACAUAAUUUGUUGUAAUAACAUAAAUUUUCGGGUUUCUUCGAAUAAUUAAAUAAAUUAUAUACGUAUAAACCAACAAUUAACUCAAACACACAAACGUCAGCGCCAUCUAUACGUCACCACACGAAUUAAUCGCGAACAAAUUUGAACGUCAAUUCAACCCGAAAAAUCUCUUUUUUCCUUAAAAUAAUGGAAAAUUACGAAGGAGAUUUCCUCGAAGGCGACGAUUGUAUCAUAAAUUUCCCACCUGAAGUUAAAAAGACGUUCUAGUUAGUACUAAUUAGUUAAAAUCGAGAAAAACUUAAUUCUAACCUCACUUUUUUUUAAAUCAACCUAAAUGAUUUUUGAGUUUACCCAAAAAGAUCCCAAAUCGAAUAUCGAUGAAGUUGUUAAAAAAGAAAUAAGGUAAGAAAUAAUUUAAUAAAUUUAUUUUAAAUACAA